AUGCCUCAAGAAAGAAUUGCUGAUGACACGAAAUCCGUCUCUGAUGUAUUCUCCAAUCUGUCGUUCAAAUUCCCUACUGAAGCUAAACUAUUCAGGCUCGGAAAAAAUGUCACCAACACCCCUCGUCCUCUAAAAAUCAUCCUUAAAUCUAAGGCUGAAGCAGCAUGCCUUCUGUCUUCGCUUAGUGAAGCUAGAAAGAGUCAUAUUAAUCUUCCACCCGGCAUCAAAUUUGUUCGAGAUAAGUCUAAACUCGAACGUAAGUUACUACGUCAACUUCACGAAGAGAUGGAUCAUCGCAAACAAAACGGGGAACUUAACUUAUCCAUAAACUACAUCAACGGAAUUCCACAAAUCAUCUCUUCCAUCUCAAAAAACCACACCAGAGGGCGUCUCUCUCCCACCAGUCAACUAGCCGCUUAA